GGGUGGCUGAAAUUUCUAUGAGAGGAGGUUCUGGCACCAGCAGCUGAGUCACAUGCCAUUGGCCUUGACUCGGAGGUGGCAGCAGGUAGUAGGGACUGUGUUGCACACACGAGGAAAUCACAUGCUGCUGAUUCCUCCAGGAGUGGUGAGCUCUGUUGGUGAAAGAAACAUCAACAGUAAGGAACCGUUCUAGGCUAAUUCUUUGGUUAUUAUUGAGGUGAUACAUUUAACAUAUCAGACUGGACAUCCAACAUCUGAACAAUUAUGCUCAGGGGCAAGCAUUGGAUUUGUUAAAAUCUAUUCAUUUGAUGGUUGACCAGACAAAUUUGGCUUGCAAAAGUAUUCAUCCAGCUGUCCCUUCUUACGGACUUUGGUGUGACAGGAAAAGCGUGGCUUUUAGACAGAGGUACAAGACAAGCACAGAUAGUGGUCCAUGAGAGCACUGUGCGCUCCUCAAACCAAGGUCAUGGCAGAACAGGAGUUGCCAGGUCUUUUGAUUAUGGAUGUUGGAGGAACUCAUGGUGUGCAAGAAAGCCUUGUGGCGCUUCUGAAGAAACACUUCUGCGUUAUCACCAUGAAAGAACUUCUUGAAAACAAAAAAGAAAUGGGGAAAAAAAUCCAAUCCAUUUUUGUGUCGGAGUCCAGGCCAACUAUCGACCGGGAGCUUCUAGAAAGCCUGCCUAAUUUAAAGGUCAUUGGAAACUCUGGUGUUGGAGUGGAUCACUUAAACUUGAAAAUGAUUUCUAACUUUGGUGUAAAAGUGACUAAUACCCCACACGCUGUUGCAGACUCAACAGCAGACAUGGGAAUGGCCCUAAUGCUGGCGUCUGCCAGAAGACUUGUGGAAGGCUUCCAGAUAGCAGUUUCUCCAGACACGAACUAUUUUGCUGCUGACUGGCUGGGAGUUGAAGUUACCAGGGCGACUCUUGGGAUCAUUGGCAUGGGCAGAAUCGGGUAUAAAGUGGCUCAGAGAGCCAGAGCCUUUGAAAUGAAGAUCCUGUACCACAACAGGAACCGCAGGAGCAAGGAGGAAGAGCAGGCUGUUGGUGCCUGCUACAGUCAGAUGGAAGAUUUGCUGCAGCAAUCUGACUUUGUUAUGCUGGUUGUGAACCUGACACCUGAGACUGAAAAACUGAUUGGGAAAAAGGAGCUGGGGCUGAUGAAACCCACAGCCACUCUUAUAAACAUCAGCCGAGGUGCAGUUAUUGAUCAAGACGCACUGGUGGAAGCUCUCCAGAAUAAGACUAUUAAGGCUGCUGCUCUGGAUGUGACAUACCCUGAGCCUCUGCCAAGAAAUCAUCCUUUGUUGAAAUUAAAUAACGCCAUCAUAACCCCACAUAUUGGAACUGCAACAGUUCAAGCCACCCACAUGAUGACAGAAGAAGCAAUAGCAAACAUGCUGUCCGUUCUCAACUGUCAACCCGUUCCAAGUGAAGUGUUUCCCCAGUGAUGUGCACCAAACGGCAGCGCUAAAUCUCUGGCCUACGAGAAGGCUCCAUUUCAUACAGAACCACUAUUAGUUUUGAGCAGGAAAAAAAAGCAGCCGUGUUCCUGCACAGCUCUUUUGGUUGCUCUGCUGCAAAGCUGUCAACUCGCUCAGCUUACUCUGUACUGGCAUUUACAAAAUCAAAACAGCGAAGUGGAACAGAUAAAACGGUUCUGUUUGAACACUU